AUGGAGACUCCUCCGCACUCGCCUGGGAAGACCGAGGUCGACAUCAUCGAUAUUCGCUCCUCGACUCACGAUGUCUCAUUGAAGAAAGAACUCGAAACUAGCCUAUCAGCAACUCCACCAAGAUUCCCAUCGCUACUUCUCUGGGACGAGAAGGGCUUGCAGCACUUUGAAGCCAUCACAUACUCUCCCGAAUAUUACCUCACCAACUGUGAAAUCGAGCUGUUGAAACAACACAGCAACGAAAUCGCUCGACAAAUUGCACCCGGCUCCAUUGUCUUGGAACUUGGAAGCGGAUGCCUCAGAAAAAUCAAGAUUCUACUCGAUGCGCUAGAAGCCCAACAUAAGCCUGUGGACUACUAUGCCCUCGACUUGAGUCGUUCUGAACUCGAAAGAACACUUCUGGAUAUCUCACCUUCUUCGUUUCAAUAUGUGAAAUGCCAUGGGCUGCUAGGCACCUAUGAUGAAGGCCUGCGCUGGCUACAAUUUGAAUCGCAUGCGACGCGUCCGAAGUGCAUACUCUCGCUCGGGUCCACAAUCGGUAGCUCGUCAGGUCCUGAAGCGGCCAACUUCCUCGGUGGCUUCGUUCAAGCAGUAAAAAGCUCAAAACAAAAGACCAUCUUCGUCGUGGGUGUCGACGGAUGCAAAGAUGGCAACAAAGUGUGGCAUGCAUAUAACGAUUCAAAAGGUUGCAACUACCGCUUCAUCUCCAACAUUCUACAUAAUGCCAAUAAAGUAUUGGACUACGAAGUCUUUAACCCAAAGGAGUGGACUGUGAAAGGAGUGUGGAACGUCGAGCAGGGAAGUCAUGAUCAAUACCUUGUUCCUCAGCAAGAUUCGGUAGUUAGAGGUGUGCACUUGAAGGGAGGCAAGGGUCUGCACGUUGUCAGCAGCCACAAGUUUGAUGAGGAGGACCAGGAGAAGUUAUGGGAGGGUGCUGGUCUGCAGCUUCAGAGCUGCUGGAGGACCGAGCCUCACAACUAUGCUCUCAACGUACUGUCCGUAGAUGACACCCUCAACGGCGUUAGACAUGCAGCAUAG